AUGAGAGAUGCUGGGAUUUCGGGAGAUGCUGUGGAUGCUGGCGGUGGUGCCUUUGUCGAUGAUGCUUUGGCGUGGACCAUAAGACGAAAGCCAGUUCUUGCGAAGCCCAAUCGAGAUACCCAAGUCCAUCUGCCACGCCCACCAACCGCCACGCCCACCAUCCGCCACGCCCACCAUCCGCCACGCCCACCAUCCCCACGCCUAAAAUCCCCACGCCCACCAUCCGCCACGCCCACCAACCGCCACGCCCACCAUCCCCACGCCUACCAACCCCACGCCCACCAUCCCCACGCCCACCAUCCCCAAGCCCACCAUCCGCCACGCCCACCAUCCCCACGCCUACCAUCCGCCACGCCCCACCAUCCCCACGCCCACCAUCCGCCACGCCCACCAUCCCCACGCCCACCAUCCGCCACGCCCACCAUCCCCAGCCCACCAUCCCCAAACCCCACCAUCCCCACGCCCACCAUCCGCCACGCCCACCAUCCCCACGCCCACCAUCCCCACACGCCCACCAUCCGCCACGCCCACCAUCCCCCACGCACCAUCCCCGCCACCAUCCCCACGCCCACCAUCCCCAUGCCCACCAUCCGGCCACGCCCACCAUCCCCACGCCACCAUCCCCACGCCACCAUCCGCCACGCCCACCAUCCCCACGCCCCAUCCCCACGCCCACCAUCCGCCAACCCACCAUCCCCACGCCCACCAUCCCACGCCCACCAUCCCCACGCCCACCAUCCCCACGCCCACCAUCCCCACGCCCACCAUCCGCCACGCCCACCAUCCCCACGCCCCACCAUCCCCACGCCCACCAUCCGCCACGCCCACCAUCCCCACGCCCACCAUCCCCACGCCCACCAUCCCCAAGUGCAUAAUGUAGCGAAUGACGUCAUAAAGGACAUGGAAUCUUGCAUGACUGGUCCUAUCAUGACAUCGAUAAUUCUAAAUCCUCCAUUGUCAGAAACUCCAAUAUCCACCUUCAAAAAUUGUGAUUCCAAGAUAUCGAAUUAA